GCCCCGCCGCAGCCGGAGCAGGCCCGGUCGCGCCAGUCUCCGGGGCGGCCCGGUAAGGGGGCGGGGCGGGCCGGGGCGGAGCCGGGCGCGGCGCUGCGCCGACCCUGCCGCCGCCCGCCCGUUCCAUCGCGCGUGUAAACAGUCCCCGGCGGGAGGCUCCCGGGAGCCGGGCCGGGCGGGCGCGGCGGGCCGCGAUGGAUUUCCAGCAGCUGGCCGACGUUGCGGAGAAAUGGUGCUCGCACACGCCCUUCGAGCUCAUCGCCACCGAGGAGACGGAGCGCAGGAUGGAUUUCUAUGCCGACCCCGGCGUCUCCUUCUACGUGCUGUGCCCGGACAACGGAUGCGGGGACAAUUUUCACGUGUGGAGUGAGAGCGAGGACUGCCUGCCUUUCUUGCAGCUAGCACAGGAUUACAUCUCCUCCUGCGGCAAGAAGACGCUCCAGGAAGUCUUGGAAAAAGUCUUCAAGUCUUUCAGACCCCUGCUGGGGCUUCCGGAUGCAGACGAUGAUGCCUUUGAAGAGUACAGUGCAGACGUAGAAGAGGAGGAACCAGAGGCGGACCACCCCCAAAUGGGGGUCAGUCAGCAGUAACCUCCCAAGGUGCCCACUCAGAAGGAGCGUGCGGCCGAGGGGCCCCAAGGAGGGGUCUUGAGCUCCUGGGUUAGUAUUUUGCACCUCAGAACUGGACAUCCGCCUCCCAGCACCCAAAUUAAAAUGAAAUACCUUCCCGAUGACCACAGAGUGUCUGCGCUGCGUUUUGCUCGGAGGUGACCUGGACGUUGCUCCGGGGCGGUGGGUUUCCAUGGAGUCAUGUGGGCAGCGCUGGCCCUUUGAGUUCAGAGUCUGUUUUUCCCGGCUGUCUGUUCUCUCUUGAGUUUCUGUUGGAGAAUUGGCGUUCGCUGACUCGAGAGUGGGGACCUGAAUGUAUUGCGGGUGUCCUUUGAGGGAAAGCAUGGCAGAGAAGAAAUGCGGUGUGCACUUUUUCCAUGUACCUUCUAAGUGUCUGUAUGUGAAAGGUUUUGCUUAUACAGCAUGAGUUUCAAUAUCUAGUCGUUAAACAGCACAAGUGCAAGUUCAAGGCAGGAAAGGAUCAUUAGUUGCUCCGGGUCGGAGCAGGGAGUCUCGAGGCUCCAGGGGCUGGUGUUGCGGCAGCUGCUCGCGGGAAGGCGCACGCGUGAUGGACCUCUUCCGUUGUUUCAAACACGCGCAUCCCAAAGUCAUUUUAUAAAAGUCCCCAGCACAGGAAUGGAGUAAAUGGCAACUUCCUCGUUUCUUUAAAACGUUUCUAAACCCCAUCCCACCUAUGAAAUGAGACACUGCCCCGUCUCUCUUUGUAAUGGCAACUGGUUCAAUCAUGAAACAUCUGUAAUCCAAGUGCCACUUAAACUUUGAAGCCAUAGAGAAAUUGAAACCAAGAUAAUUUUUUUUUAAUGAUAAGAUCCUUCUUUCCUUUUAAAAUCUUAGUAUUCAUUCUUUUCUUUUUUUUUUUUUUAAGUCAAGUAAAGGUUACCACAAUGCCAUUUAUUUGAAAAUUGUAAUCAUGUACUUUGAGGAAAGGAAGCGCAGUCAUUUUUAAAGUAACGUGAAAGCGGGAUUCUCUUCUUAACAAGCAACAGCAAGGACUUCAGGACUUCUUGUUUGGUUCAAAGAGGAAGUUCUGGUGGUUGUAAUCCUCAGACCAUGCACAGAAUUGGAGGGGCUGCCGCCGGGCAUGCUCCUGGGGGAAUCUUUGUAAUGCUCACAUGAAUCAUUGGAGACACUUUCUUUUCUUGGAAAAACCCAUGAAAGGUUCCUGGCGAGUGCUGCAAAACAAGGUUGUUCUCAUAGCUGUCCUGGGACUUGGGUUAGUGGGUGAGUGGCCCCUCGCUUGUCCUCUGCCUCUGCCCCCUCAGCGCUUUCCCUGGAGCCAGCAGGGACAUGGCAGGGUGGGGUCACCUCCCUUUAACGCAAGAAACAGUCACAACUAGCUUACUCCGUUUUCAAACAAACUGGGAUCGUGUACACGGAGGCUUCAGGCCGAAAGUGAAACAGGCAUCACUUUCUCCGUGAAAGCGCUUGGAUCUUGACCAGAUGCUUCUUGGUGUUCCUGGUCUCUGCUCCUAAACCCUGAGUGAGAGAAUUAGGCUGAGGGGAAAUUGGGCCUUUCCUUGUUGUCUGCUCCAGGAGCUGUGUGUGUGUGUGUGUGUGUGUGUGUGUGUGUGUGUGUGUGUCUGUGUGUGUCUGUGUGUGUGUGUGUCUGUGUGUGUGUCUGUGUGGUGUGUGUGUGUGUGUGAGGGAGCCAGUCACAAUGCCAUUAUUCCCCUGGAGAAUUCCCCCCAAAGACAUGAGAAAGUUGGACUGUGCCUCUUCCACUCAUCCUGCCAGUGCCCCCUGCCCGUGUGGUCACACUUGCACCCUCGGCCACCCUCCACGCGGAAGGCUUCACACCCCAGCUGGCGGCAUCAGGGCUGCACCCAGCGUUACUCCCCCAGGGUGCCUGCAUGUCUGGCAGCCGUGGCUUCUGCUACACAAGUGUUUUGGUAGCUACACACGCUCCCAUCCCUCCUGCACGCUCUGAUACAUUCAGCAGCCGGCAGCGGGAGGGUCCCCGGCUUCUGGUGGGGGACAGCGUGACAUGCCACUCCCUGCCCCCACACAAGCGCACUGGCGCCCUUGCUGCUUGGUCCCCACUUCUUCACUCACUCGUCGGCAACUGUUUGAGGAGCCAGAAGAGAGAUGCGGAGUGGAUCUUACUGAGGUGCCAGCCGCGAGAUGACAUAGUGUUUGUGCAGGUGUGUGUGUGUGUGUGUGUGUGUGUGUGUGUGUGUGUGUGUUCAAGUCCCUGGGGCCUGAUGAAAUUCUGUGUUUAUAGGGGAGAGGGAGGGUGAGGCCCCCAGAGACAAGACUUACUCUGCAGGGGGUAGGGGCGCAGCUGUUCCGGGCAGGUUCAGUGUCGCAGGGGGCAGAUGAGCAGGGUGAGUGGUAGGAAGUGUGCAAGAGGCGCUGGCACUUUUGCCUGCUAGUUAUCUGGCCUUGCCAAGGCAAUUGCAGAGCAGUGUCUGUCUGUGUGUCUGUGAGAAGAGGAAGGUAAACGCAAGAAAGAAGCAGUUGUUGUGGUGACUGUGGGCCAGUCAUGCAAUCGUGCCUCUGAUGGCAUGUGUUCAAUGUGGGUCCUGGGUUCUGGUGACCCUCAGACAUUUUUCUUAUGGCUACCUGGUUCCAUUUUUUUCUGCCCAAUAACUAUGCAAUUUUGCCCUCAAGGGAUCAAAAACAAAUUGCAGAGCUGGGGUGGAGCCCGGGACCGGGGAGCUGGGGGGUCAGUAAGACCCCACAAAAUGCCUGAGCCCAGGCUCAGAGCUGCAUUGGGUCUCUUUCCCUCCACCCCGUUUUCCCAUGACUGAAACAUGAAAAGCCUCUUCCUCAAGAAGAAGACCUGGUGUGAGAAUCCUGUCUCCAGAGUGCAAACCUCUAUCCUGUCGUGGUGGCUGUUAUUUUUCAUAGCUAAGUGGAGUCGAUUCCUUGAAGCACAAUCAACAUCUCUGAUCCCGUUUCUGUUUCUGUUUCAUGAGAGCACAAAGUCUGUGAGCCAAUGGGGCACUGCAGAGCACCCCUGGGCUUCGUCCUUGAGGAAGCUGCCUGCAGGGUCAGUCUCGAAGGUGGGGAACGAGGCGUGGGCACCUUUGGGUUCCUGUGGCUAGAGACUUGUGCCGGGAUAGGCAGGGCCUCGUGUAGGUGGGAGCACGUGGGCGUUGGGUCCUGCUCUUGGGAGGCAGGGAGGCAGGAACGAGAACGCUGUCUUCCUGGGCCUGCCUCCCCUCACGGGCCUGUCUGCAUGCCUGGCAGGCCUGUGCUGGGGGUGGCUUUGUGCCUUUAAAAAUACCCCAUAGCCGUGGGGACAGAAGGCGUCCUGGAAAUCUGGUGCAGUUCUUUUUUGGGAUGAAAGAAUUGCCCAAUGGUUGAGCUUCUCACUCUCCAGUGCUCACAGAUUUCAGAGCAACAGUGGCCAGCCCCUGCUUGGUGGGUGUAGAAGGGUUGGAAGUUGAUUUGACCACUGCCAGCAGGCAGGUGUCCUAAGGUUGAGCCUGCUAGGCCUGAGGACUCUGGGCCUGUUAGUGGCCAUGGUGGCAGGGGAGGUGGUGGGUCAGAGUAGGGCCCCUUCCAGACCAGGCUUCGGGGCUGUAGGAAGAGCACAAAGAAGUCUUCUGUGGACCCCAGACCCCACCCAGGCUGCCAGGGCCACUCUCUCAGUCCUGAAAUCACCAGAGAAGCUGGAUUUCUUUUGCAUUCAGAACAAGCCCUCUCCCAGAAGGAGCCAGUCUGUCAUCUCGAUGUGUGAUACCAGGUGGCACACGUCCCUUGGCUGUGACACAGAAUAACUGUAAAACUUGCCUACACGCCAGCCCUCCCUGGCGUCCACGGUGAUUCCGUGUCAGGACGAAAUAACUGGAGCUCGUGCCCGGGCUGGGGAGGAGGGGCAGGGGGAAAUGGCUUAAAUACAUUGUCUUGGAUAUUUUUCUUUACACAAGGAUCACAUAAGUGGAGAAGCUACCAAUGUUUCAUGCUAGAAAGCCCGGUAAGGGCACCGCGGAUCUGGACAGGAAUGGGUCAUCAAGGUCUGUGCCACACCACAUACAAGCAGGCACUGAGUGUGCAGAGAACGAUAUUCUGGCUGUCUGGCUCUGUAGAGAACGCUGGUGGUCUGUUCGCUAUAGACUGCCCUUUUCCUGUUUUUGUUUUUUAAAAUUCAGGGUUCCCCCUCUGCCCCCCUUCAGUAUCGAAUAGUACUCUGUAGGAACGUCAGUGUUUUAGAAAAGAAAGCAAAUCGUCAGUGCUCAGAGACAGCUCCGGUGACCCGGCCUUCACUUGUGUCUAAGAGCAGACUUGGUCCAUCUGUGGCAAAGGCAGUGGCAGGGCAGAGUCUGGGGGUGUGAUUUCUGUUUCUGCUUCCAAGGCCUGAAAUGUUUCAUGCGGGCUGUGUGGGCUUUCUUUGCCUUUCUAUUUCCUUUCCAAGAAAUCUCUUGUAAAUGACAAAACUGUGAAAUGGGUUGCCAAAAAUUGUUGCCCUUUGUUAGAUGCUUCCAGCAGUGUAAAGCCUGUGCUCACCCCGUCCACAUCUGCUCCUUCCCAUCUCAUCCCGAUGUGAUUACCAUUCGCUUGCGAUUAAAGAGCCUUCCUAAUGA